UAAUCUUAUUUGAUCAUCUUCAAACACAUCUACCCCUCUUAUCGCUCAGUUUAACGGAAUUGGAAUUUAAAUGUAUGUUUUUCAAUUUCAAAUUUUUGAAUAAAAUGUCGACGUGAAAAUCGUGUAUUGACUAUAAUUAUGUUUACAAAUAUAACGUUAUUAGGAUAAACUUUGCAUAAAUAUUUGUGGACUAUUAAACGUAAUAGGUGUAAUUAAAGUACAGAUCUUUAAAAAAGAACAUGAGUAGGCUGCAUUCGUACAGUGAACAAGACGUGAAUUUCUAUUACAUAGAUGAAAAUGCAAAGAAGGCAGAGAAUAUUGACAAUUUCCAAAAAUUGAUAACUAAGCUGCAUACACCCAAACAGGACCGUGGGCAUGGGGAGUUGUACCUGGUCCGUGGGAUGUUGGUGUAUAUAGCUCACAAUCAGUCCUUUGAUAAUUCACGUGCCAGAUACAAUACACCUCUCUUUUAUGUACAACAGCUUGUUGAGAGAAGAAUUUCUGCUGCUGAAGUUUUCAAAAUAUAUUGUGGCUAUGCUGGAAUAGAAUGCGAACUGGUUACCGGAAGAGCGAAAGCAAUCCGUUACAGGGCGGGAGAUGGUGAUUCUGACUACCUGAAAAAUAAUACAUGGUUAGCGUUCAAAGCAGACGACAAAUGGCACCUGGUACAUCCACAAUGGGCAAUUCAAGCUUUUGUCGGAUAUGAACAUAGUGGUGAGAUUGAGAUUGAAAAAGAUGGCAGAGAGAGACUUAAAGUCAGGACCGGAAGACAAGGGACAGCAAAGUACAUGGUGAAUGACUUUUGGUUUUGUACAGCUCCCGACAUUUUUGUAACUCGAUGUUUUCCAGACGAGAUAAAGUGGCAGGAUCCUCAGAACAACGGUAAAGUUUUGAUAAAGAAUGUAAACGAUUUCCUAUCUUUACCUGACCUGCGACAAGGUUUUUAUGAUAUGAAGUUGGAAUUGCUAAAUGAGGAGAAGUCAUGUAUUUUACAUUCUAAAAAAGGAAAAUGUUUUGUUUCAAUAAUGUGUGAAAAGGACGGAGCAAAGAAUUUAGAUUUCUCUUACGAGCUUGCAAUGGAAGGUACUUCGAGUAAUGGUCUGGAGGUCAAGGACACGAAACAGUUAGUGUUAUAUCAAAUUGGUGGCGGAAAAAACAGAAAUAUAAUUCAGUUUGAAAUUCGUCUGCCGGUUGUUGGAACUUUCUGGUUUCGAUUAGCAGUGGGUCUUAUGCAAGAACCGGAUCUGAAACGGAACUGCUGUGAAUUCAAAAUCAUAUGUAAAGAUGCCUGUGAAAAUUGCAAACGUUUUCCAACAUAUGAAGGCAUAAGUGCUUAUGGUUGUGGUUAUGAGGCGGAAGAGGCGGGGCUUCUGCAUUCUUCUCUGACGGACGCCAAGAUUAAUAUGCCGCCGAACAAGGGAAAUACUAAGCGGACGAUUGCCAAAUUCAAAGUAGAUGAUGAUCCUAGUAGGAACAUGACAUACGGCGCCCGGAUGUUGAUGAGCGGAAGUGACGAAGUUGACGAUGAUCAGAUUAGUAUUUUUCUUGAAGGAACUACCGAAGUGGUUCGAGACCAACAAACUGGUACACUAACGGUCAAUGCCAGCGUUCCAAAUGACGGGGAGUAUACUGUAUUUAUAACUGCUAAGGACGAAAAGGACAAGAAGGCGAAGAAAGCCAAACCAGUUGCCGCUUACUUGGUUACCACAGAAGUUGAUGAAGACGAAAAAAGAAAUAAUGCAAUUAUUAAACAACGAGAAAAGGAGGUACGAUGUAAACUUCACAAACAAUCCAAGACGGAGACAAGGAACAGACUCUUAGAAAUCCUACAAACUACACAAUCAGAAGUGGAGGAAUUAAAAGUUUCAGGACGAAAGAAAUAAAGAGGGGAAAAAACACCAAGAAUGGAGGCUUUUAGGAUUAAGAGAAUACAUGUAGUGAACUGCGCAACGUCAUGUUCCCUUAUUAGUGAUGGCAAAGUCCGAUAAAAAAAAACUGAAAGAAAUUUGAGGCUUUUUUAAUGGAUUGAAUUUAAUACUCCAGAAACUCGCUAGAAUUAUAGCAUUGUGUUCGUUUCAAGAUGGUUGCUCGAUUAUUAUUUUUUUAGGAAAAAAACAACAACAAAAAACCCCAAAAAACGGAACAACGGUGUGGAAAAAACUAACCUUUGCUUCAUUCGGACGGUUGGCAAGUCUGAAGUUCAUUCCCCUUAUAGUACGUUACCGUAGUAAAUGUAGGCAGGGUCAACGUUUAAACAAGUAUCACAGUACAUUUGUAUAGUCACUUGUAACUGUUUUACUACUAAACAACUACUGUAUAUUGAUUAUGGUUAGACUUUUAUACUAACAUGUUAAUCUGUACAAUAUAUAACAGUAAAAAAUCAAUGACUUUAACCACAGUACAAACAUCCUCUGCAGAGCAACACCCUGUUCGAGACAAAAAAACAACACUUUUAUUGUUGCUGUGAGGUGUUGCUCAAGAGAAGUUGUAAUUAUUGCUCAGUCUUAAUUAGGAAAAACUGAAACUGUACUUGCUAUACAGUGGGCCACUCUGUAGAGGUUACACUGUAUAUUAUAAAUUCCGUUUACAGUAUACUCCUAUUUUAUACACUAAGACUUCUGCACAUCUUAUGACGUCAUAAAGUCGUUAUAUUCAUACGCUAAUGUAAGAAAAUUGUAACUUUGGAAAUGACAUUCAUUUCCAUGACAAAUUAAUAAAAUAAGAAAAUAGAAAAUUGUAGAAUAUACUGACAUGUGUUUGUGGUGUAUCUUUUUCCAUUGGGGUACCUGACUAAAGGCGUUUAUCUCCGCCUAAUUUGGAGGUGCACUCUGGACGGACAUUACAAUCUAAACCGCAAUAUAUGACAGAUAAUAUAAAUGAGCCGCGUCACGACAAAACCAACAUAGUGCGUUUGCGACCAGCAUGGAUCCAGACCAGCCUGCGCAUCCGCGCAGUCUGAUCAGGAUCCA